AUGGAGUCCCAAGAAUCUCAACUUCACUUUGUGUUAUUUCCACUUAUGUCCCCAGGUCACAUGCUUCCUAUGAUAGACAUAGCAACAACAUUAGCACAACAAAACAACAUCAUCGUCACCAUUGUCACUACUCCACACAACGCUUCUCGUUUGUCACUAUCUUCUCACAAAAUUCGAUUACUUCAACUUCAAUUCCCAUCUCAAGAUGCAGGCUUUCCAGAAGGGUGUGAGAAUUUCGAUAUGCUUCCAUCCAUGUCAAUGGCCUACACUUUCUUCGCCGCGGCGAAUACCCUUCUUCAAGAACAAGCAGAACGAGCUUUUGAAACGCUAACACCAAAGCCAAAUUGUAUAAUCUCUGAUGUUGGUUUUUAUUAUACUUCUCAAAUUGCGAACAAGUUUGGAAUUCCAAGAAUUUCAUUUUAUGGUGUUAGUUGCUUUUGUCUUGUUUGGCAACAAAAAGUGAUUAUCUCUAAUGUUAUGGAGAAAAUAGCAAAAGAUUCUGAGUAUUUUCUAAUACCUGAUAUCCCUCACAAAAUUCAGAUCACAAAAGCACAACCGCCGUCGACGUCGAACGAUGGAAAUUGGAAGGAAUUUCUUGUUAAAAUGGCUGCAGCUGACAUGGCUUCUUAUGGUCUUAUUGUGAAUUCUUUUGAGGAACUGGAACCUGAAUAUGCAAGUGAUUUGAAGAAAUCUAGGAAUGGUAAAGUUUGGUGUGUUGGUCCUGUUUCACUUAGAAACAAGAAUCACUUAGAUAUAGCACAAAGAGGGAAAAACAACAAAGUAGCUUCUUCAAUUGAUGUUGAAAAUUGCUUAAACUGGCUUGAUUUGCAAGAAUCGAAUUCGGUUAUCUAUAUAUGCUUAGGAAGUAUAUGUAAUUUAACUUCUCUGCAGUUCAUAGAGAUUGGUAUGGCAUUGGAAGCAUGUGAAAGGCCAUUCAUUUGGGUUAUUAGGGAGAGAAACCAAACAGAAGAGUUGAAUAAUUGGAUCAAGGAAUCGAGUUUCGAGGAAAGGACUAAGGAGAAAGGCUUUUUGAUAAAAGGUUGGGCUCCUCAAGUAUUGAUACUGUCGCAUUGUGCGAUUGGAGGAUUCUUAACGCAUUGUGGUUGGAAUUCGACGUUGGAAGCAAUAUGUGCUGGUGUGCCAAUGAUUACGUGGCCGUUAUUUGGUGAUCAGUUUUUCAAUGAGAGGUUUGUUGUGGAAGUGUUAAGAGUCGGCGUGAUGGUUGGAGCGGAGAGUCCUGUGAAUUGGGGAGAGGAAGAGAAUGUUGGCGUGUUGGUGAAGAAAGAAGAUGUUGAGAAGGCUAUAGAGAAAUUGAUGGACGACGCGAGUUGUGAAAAGGAAGAGAGAAGAAAAAGGGCUAAAGAGCUUGCAGAGAUGGCUAAGAGAUGUGUAGGAGAAGGAGGAUCUUCUCAGUUGAAUGUUACUCUAUUGAUUCAAGAUAUUCUUCAACUCUCAACAAAAUAG